GUAGGAGUCCAAGCUGGAAAUAUAAACAGCACGGCAUCAGGAUCAUCAAAGUACGCUUUGCCCCAUUCUGAAUUCGAUUAAGUGAACGCUAAAGCUCCUGAAAAUUCUCAGAAGGUCGCUGGCAAGAAGAUAGAAGAGAAUCGAAUACAAGCUCGGUCAUCUUCGUCGUAGUUCCUGGUCUGAAAACUUCUGACCCUUGAAGUGAGACGAACGGAAAUUUUCAACUCUAGAGAACGAUCCUUGCCCCUCGCAACCUGACAACCUCCUAAUUUGCGUCGUAGUUGCUGCAACCUUGCUUGAUUUCCAUUCUCGGUCGUGUGUGUAUUGCCUUUUAGUUGUAGCACAUGAAUGUAUGUAGAAUCUAUGCUGAUGUUAUUCGAUCGCCUGUUGUUUGUGAUAUUGAUAAAUUUAGGAAAUAGAAAUGAUGGACAAGAAGAGCACAAGCACAACAAGGUGGUCCGUGGAGUGAUGAGAGUGUAUGAUCUUCAGUUGUUCUAGAAUCGAAGGCACGACUAGGAUUACAACGAACAGGACAUCACUCGUUGUAGCGAGGAAGUAAGCACGAGCAGAAUUAGAUUAUACACCUAAAUCUAAAAGUCCUAUUAUCUCCGUCAACAGGUCAUCGAAUGCGACAGCGCGAUCUCCCUAUUUCCUAUGUUGGGUGACAGUGUUAAAUUGCUCGUUUAAAACGUAGGAAAUGAUAAUGAUUGGAAUGACGAAGUUGUACUACCCCUAACGAUCUGUGAAUACAGAACUAUUAAGUGCAUGCUGAAAGUGAAGAUAUUAAAAAAAGUUCCAUGUUGUAGUUGUGAAAAAACAUAUGUCGUGUUCCGUGUAAUUCCGCUGCCUCUGGUGCUAGGUCAGCGCGGGAACCUCUCACUGGUGGACCUGUAUCUUUACGACGCGCAAGCAAGGCAGAAGCAGAAGUAGUUAGAUUUUUGCCGCGGUUGCGUUUCAGCUCGAAGACGAGGACAAAGACCAAGGGCAAGACGACAGGCGAAGAGAAUCCUACAGGAUUCGCCCGGUUGCUCGCAGAGUCAUUGGUUUAGAAGGAACACACCUGCACCACGUAGAAGAACAAGAUGGGACGUAGAAGAAGAAGAGCAGCAGUGGUCGCGAAAGCGAAGCCAAAGCUCGACACACAGUUCGACUGCCCAUACUGCAACUCAUCAAAAAGUGUCGAGGUACACUUCAAUACAGAGAUAUACGCUUCUCGAUGCAUUAGCUAUACGUAUAAGUACCUGCUUCUUGGUCUACAACUCGAGAAUAAAUCAAGAUUUAUCCCGCUACUUGGCUAGUAGGACUAGUAAAAGGGAUACCAUGAUCAUGAAUGUCAUACAUGACCGAUCCCUACAACUUCAUUUGAAAUUACGAAUCCAAAAACUACAGGUGAAGAUGAGUCGGCCAGAAUCACUCGGACAGCUAAAGUGUCGAGUAUGCAACGUGUCAUAUCAAACACGAAUAAAUUAUCUGAACGAGCCAGUGGAUGUGUAUUCAGAGUGGAUAGACGAGUCAGCAGAACGACAAAGAUUGCAGGAUCGAAAGAAAGCACCACCUGGUGCCGUACCGGAACCUAUGCCAAAUCCAAAGUAUCUAUUACAGGACAUACUUGACUUACGCACCAACAAUCUAGUUCAUUCACCUUUCUCUCUAUUAUACAGGAGGAGUUUUCUCUUGAGAUUCCAUUCUACUUGUGAUUGCGUCGACUAGCUAGUCUUGAUGUUUUUCUGCUCCUGUUGUGAUUUUUCUGAAUUUGAUCUCAAAUCUUAUUCCCACCAGCCGAAGGCCGUUCGCAGCGGAUCCCGACGAGUUGAAUUUGGGUGAGGAUGCAGAUCAAGAGUACAAGGAUCCAGAGUUUUGAGCAGAAGCAGGCCGUCGAUCUUCCUGGUCUUCUUGUUUGGUGUCAGGGGACGACAUCUCCAUCCUCUGCAGCUACAGCAUCUGCAGCUACAGCUUCCAGUGUUUUCCAAGUGCAUAGAAGAACAACCACCUCCUGCUUGCGCAUUGAUGAGCACACGUUACAUGGUUCAUGUUGACCCACCAGCACGACUAAUUCAUCUACGAUUCUUCAUGAUGAAGAUACAUGCAGAUUGAUACAACGCUCAAGAAAAUCGAUGGAAAAAUAAAUGCAGGAUGCAAAUAUGCAAGUGUGACCUAUCUGUAUCGUCCUACGUCGCAGUGCAGUGCUGCAUCUGGCUGCGUAAGCGUCGACUUAAGUAAAUGUGCGUCGAUGCGGAUAUAUUUGAUCAUAGACAACGAAGUACAUUCUGAUUGCACGACUCAGACCAUUCGCGACGAUCUUCUCCUGCUAGAAGAUGAUAUUUUUUCUCAAUCUGAUACUUUUUAUCGAUUUUCACCGAGGACUAAUGGGGAUGACUGCACUUCUUCAUCAAACGCGCAUAUCUACGAAAAGCGGAGACUCGUCUAGUGCAUAAACUUGUGCUUGCCCCCUCUGCUAUUCUGGGAUCUAUUAUCAUAUUUUUUGGUGGAAGAUUAGACGUACUAGGAUCUCAAUAAUUCGGGGAGAAUCUUUCUUACUCCCAAUAUGUUUGACCAGGUAACCCCCCUUGCCGAAAAGUGCUAAUUAGCAAUAAACAUAACGAAAACAAUGUCAAAGCCUGUAGAUAGGCAAAGCGGCAUGUCGUUAUGCCACGUAU